AUGGCUAUCUCUACACGUUCUUGGGAGUACCUAAAGGUGACUACACAAGAUUCGCCAGGCGAUGCUGUCUUUGAGGGGCGGCUCUAUGUCUCAACGGAGCAAAGCGCGUUGGCUGAGCCCCAGGCGUUGUUGGCUUUGGUACCAGGCUCGAGGCAAGGACGACGCAGAGCAAAGACGGUGAAGGCAGUGGAGCGUACAGCGACGCGCUUACAUCACCGCGAGCUGGUGAAGCAGGCAAUUUUUGAGCGACAUGCGCUCACAAGCUCAAGAGAGACCUCCCUGCGCUUCCACCUCUUUCGCACCGAGCGACCAAUCAGCAAGGUGGAGAAACUUCGUGCGCGACAGACUCUUCGCCCAUUCGGUCUGCUUGAACAGUUCCGUUCAUCCGAGCUGAUAGCUCUUGCCGAAGGUCCAGCACAAAAGCACUUUGACAACGACCUCUUGUGGAGACAGCUUGAACGUCUACUUGUGGCCCAGAGCAAGAUCCUGUCCAUUGGGGAGCUGUCCCGGAUCUUGCAUGCGUUUGCAAAGAGACAGAGGCAUCAGAGCAGGCCGAGCAGGCUUGCGGGCUCUCUGGAUUCCCCAUCAGAUUCCCAUGGGUCACCUGCACGACUUCUGCGGGUGGCCUCGCAGCGCUUUUGUCGAGAGGCGACCUCUUGUUCUUUGGUUGAGCUUGCUCGUCUGGUGGAUGCCUUCGGCACAUUCAGUGCGAGAGACACAAAGCUGUUGAACAAGCUCUCCAUGGUUUUCCCGUCCGUGCAGUCCGCGCAGACGGAGGAGGUGCAGUUUGAUGCAGUGGCCAGUCUGUGUCGUGGGCUGGCUGCGUUGAGGUGGCCGGAUACAGCAGCCCUGCGAUUUGCGGCGCGCGUUGCGUCCGAGUCCUUGGAGGAGGGGCUGCCAAAGAAGCAGCCUCGGAAACCUCAGAAUGUCCGGUCAAGGGGUCCGGUUGCCCCAAGCAAUCUGUUUUCAAUUCCAGCUUUUGAACCUGAAGAGCGACAUGAGACCAUCGCAGAUGCUGACGUGGUUUCCAUCUGCGAAGCAAUGGCAACCUUAGAGGUCAGAGCCGAACCUUUCAUCCGCGCAGUCCUAAAGGACGUGGGCAUGAGAGGUGUGGAAGCCCAGAAAGAAGCUCCUCGAUGGAUGUCGGCACAUCUCCUGGGCCGUUUGUGCAGAAGUUUAGCCAGGCUUGGCGUCUCGGACAGGAAGCUGACCACCCGAUGGCUGCAGGCUGUGCGUCGGGAAGAUCGGCUGAAUGUCCAGCCAUGGUCUCCGCAGCAGGUCUUGGAGGUGGCGAGCACGGCGCAGCAGAUCGGCGCCUUCCAUCGGGAGUUGCAGUUGCGGCUGGGUCGGCGGCUUCGCGUGGCCCUGCGGCUGGGCGCGACGGAUCUUGUCCAUCGCCCCUAUCAUGUGCAAGAGGCCCUCACAGCAGAAGCGGCGCAGCUGGAGCCUUGGCAGCCUCAGGUGCUGGCGCUGCCUUCCGAGCCGCAGUUGCGGACAGCGCUGCAGUGCCUCAUGGCCAUGUCCUGCGCUGACGACAGAGACUUCGAUGCGGUGCUGGCUGCCGCCACUAGGCACUUGCAGCGUGCGGAAGGCACUGGUUCAGGCAUCGCCUUGCCCUAUGCCCUGAUUUGCUCGAGAUCUGUGGAGGCACGAGCCGCACCGGCGACGUGGCCUUGCCCUCCAUCGGAGGUCUUUGCCAGGCUCGACCAGCAAGCAGGGCGGUUGAGCACAGCGGACCUGCUGGAAGCGCAUCGGUGCGGCGCGCUGCUGCACGUCCAGGACCCCCAAGGUGCCUUUCUCGACCUCCCGGAUGGCGGGCGACAGCUGGCCAAGGUGCUGUGGCAGAGAAUGGCAGGUGUGGUGGCAGGCCUCUCAGGCCACUCCGACAGACAGAUGUGGGAGCUGGCCACGUUCUCUUCUGUGGUAGAGACGCUGCAGCGGCUCUCGCCAGCGGCCGUGGCUGCUGAGGAGGCCGACCUCGCCGUGGCCUGCGGGCGCGCGCUUCGGGCGGCACUGCGGCGAGGAACGACGCUGACCAUGCGUGCCACAGUUUCCGUGGCGGAGUGGUGCGCCUCUACGUCGGUGCCUUGCCCUGAUGCCACACGGCGAUGCUGCGAGAUGCUCCUUGCGAAGGCCAAGCUCAUCUCUAGCGAGGGAUUGAGGCGUGUUCUCUUCGCCACUCUGCAGGCUUCUUUGGGGCAUUGUUCCAAGCAGUGGCUGCCGGUUCUGCGCGUGUUGCUGGGGGAGCUGCAAAGGAAGUUGCAUCUUCAACCUGCAGAGGAGCUGCUGCGCCUGGUGGUUCAUCUCAUUCGAGCACACGCGGAGCACCGAACGAAGGCGCUUCCUAGGCGGAAGCGCGCGUGGAGCCGUGCAUCUCGCAACUCGGAGAGGCCGGCUGUUCGGCGUGACCCCUUCCGGCAUGUCAUUGCUGCAGGAAUCAUCUCCCUGCUCCGUGAGCUCCUGCGAAAGCGGCCGCUGCUUCCACAAGCCUCAACAGGCUUGCUGAAGGAAGCGUUGGACGCCAGCCGCAGAGCUGCCAGCCUCAAGAGGUCAGCCCGGCCAGCCAAGCCGGCGCUCUGCCCACGCACGGUGCCGCCGGUGCUUCUUCCGAGUGCCGCACCCUUCAUCCUGCGACCCCUGGAGGCGCACGGGGAGGCCGUGGCCGCGAGCAGCGCUCGCUGCCUUCUGGGCCGGUGCAUGAUCUUGAUGGGCUGCGGGGAUGUGUCCAUGUCUUCCACCCUGACGAAGCCAACUGAUGGGCGAAGCUCCCGACUGCGGCGUCUUCUCGUGGGGUGGCUCUUUUUGAGCUGCGCCUGCGAUUCCGGGAGGUUCUUCACGUGCAUGGUAGACGGCGCUUUCUCCAAGCCCUGGCCAGCGCGCCUGAGCCUGACGCGAAUCUCCCGGCAACAGAGGGCGGAGAGGACGAGCUUUAUCGCAGACAGCAGUAGGAUAGCUUUGGCGCCAGAACCGCCCUUUGGAAAAGUGGAGUACAAGCUCAAGUUGACGGCCAGGGAAGGCACCGACAGGUUCGAGGAGUUGGUGACGCAGCUGAACUGGCGGAUGAGGGAAUGCAGCUCUGAGGAGGAGUGUGCAGAAGUUGCAGAUCUCACCCAGUACAGAGAUGCAGUGUAUCGACUGGGUGUCGCCGAUGAUGGGACCGUGCUGGGCCUCAGCGACGGGGAGUUGGCAGAGUCUAUGUCAGUUCUGCAUGCCAUGGCAGCACGAAUCCCGGCGGCCGUCACCGUCCUGAGCAGAAGAACGGGCAUCGCGCCCGGGAACAGGACGUCGAUCACGGCACUGAUCCGAGCUCAGACGUCGGUGCUGUCUGUUCUUGGCCAAGGUGGCGAAGUGAGGAUCUGCACAGUGGGAAACGUGGACUCGGGAAAGUCCACGCUGCUGGGCCUUCUCACACAGGGCUUGCAGGAUGAUGGGCGAGGGCGCGCUCGCUCGUCUGUGUUUCGACAUCGCCAUGAACUUGAAACUGGGCGGACAUCGUGUGUCUCCACGAUGACGCUGGGCUUCGACCAGGCCGGCCGGGUUGUGAACUACAAGGAGGACCAGAACGGCUUGUUCCGCAGCGAGGCGCCCCAACACAACGCUGGCCGCGUUGAGGCGCAGGCACGCAUCGCCGAGAAAGCUUCGAAGCUCAUUACCUUCUGCGACCUCUGUGGGCACGAGCGCUACUUCAAGACCACGCUGCAGGGCAUGCUGGGCUUGGCGCCCGACUACUUGCUGUGCACGGUUGAUGCAAACCGCGGCGAGCUGCGUGGAAUGGUCCACGAGCAUUUGGCGGUUGCAAACGCCCUGGCGAUCCCCACGGUAAUCUGCCUCACGAAGUGUGAUGUGGCAGGUGAGCAACAGAGGAAGUCUGCCCUCGAGGACGUGAAGAAGUUCAUGAAGCAGAUGGGCACAGCGACCUUUGUGGUCAAAGACUCCAACGACGUGGUCCUGGCAGCAGAGCGCCUUCUGCAGGGCUUCACGCCCAUCUUCCUGUGCUCUGCGGUGACUGGCGCGAUGGUUCCAGAGCUGAAGCUCUUGCUGAACCUGCUCUCCCCAAGGCGCUUGCCGCAAUCGCUACCAAGCCCAACAGUUGGAGGUACGCCGGUGUCUGAUGGGUCUCAGGCCGUGCAGGUGCAGAUUGAUGAAGUCUUCCCACAAGUUCCUGGCGUUGGGCUUGUGGUUUCAGGGAGGGUCUUACGUGGGAUUCUAAGGCCCAACGACGGGGUCAGGCUGGGUCCUGUCGUAGACUCAGCUGGAGAUCUGGUCAGGGAUGGGUUUCUGAGUCUGAGGGUCUCCUCCAUCCGUGUGCAAGACCACCCCGUGGAGCAGCUGAGAGCCGGUUCCAGCGGGACCUUCGCUCUCAAGGCCUCUGCCAAGACUCGGGAUGUUCUGACACCGCGGGUUCUAAGCCGAUCGAAGCUCUUGCUUGGCUCGACAUCGAAGCUGGCGCCGUCGGGCUGGCUCAAGGCAAGCGUCACCGUGCUUCAGCACCCCAGCUCGAUCAGGGUGAGGUAUGAGCCGGUCCUACAUGUUGGCAUGACGCGGCAAACGGCGCGAGUGGUCGCCAUGAGUGAUGCACAUGGGCAGCCCAUCUCCAUGCUCAGAGCCGGUGACUCAGCAGAAAUUUUGUUCCGCUGGGCUCACUGGCCAGAGAUCGUGGAACCGGGUUCCGCCCUCGUCUUUCGCGAGAACUCUGUCAAGGGAGUUGGCACCGUCACCUGGGUUGGAGACUUGGAUGAAAGCUCUUCGAAAAAGCGGCGCCGGCCCAGCCGCUCCGUUGCAAAGGCCUCAAAGGCCUCAAAGGCCUCAAAGGCCUCGAAGUCUGCAGACUCAGGCAAGAAGAAAACCGGAGCCAGAUCUGAAAAACAGAUCGGCAAGACACUUUCACGGCAGAAGCCUCGUAAGGGCAAGCGCACCAAGCGAUUCCGUGAUUGA